ACCAUAGUUAACUCAAAAUUUCUAUGCAUCAGAUGAGCGGAUAAAUAGAGAAAAACAGAUGCAUUUGCCACUGCUCUUCCUAACAGUUUUUUGUUUAUUAAAUUAUGCAUUAGCUGGGGAGAAACUUCUGCAUUCUUGCCUGAACCAGGACGUGAUGUCAAAUUGUGUGCCGGUGUGUCCCAAGAUCUGCUCGGAUUUCCUUUACAAACGCAAGUGCAAGCCAAGGAAAUGCCAAAAAGGAUGCGCCUGCCCGCACAAAUGGUUGCGGCACAGGAACGACCAAGGCCUUUGUAUUCCGCGAAACGAGUGCCGUCGAUAUAUCAUAGAGUAAAAGUCUUUUCUUAACCCAAA